AGUAAGUUAAAACGACCACAUUCAGCCUGAUACCCUCGGGGCUGGGACAAUUGUAUUCAUUUCUUUUGUUGCACCAACUCUCUUUCUCUUUCCCUUCGUAGGCAGUGUAGAUCAAUAAUGCCGUACUCCCGUUCCUAUAUUGUUUGUAAUUGGCCAUCAUACGGAAUGCUUUGCUUUCAUAUCAUGAUUAUCCUUGAAAUUCAGCCUUUAUCUUUGUAUGGUGGGCACUUGGAGAUAAAUCGUGACUUCAAGUCUACCAAUACAAUGCAUCAGCCUCCCCUAGAACUACCUACCCUUCACCUGCUGUGAUUUCCCUUGAAUUUCAAGCAAUAUAGCUCUAGAUGGGAUAGUAGGCAUUUACUUUGCACCACAUCUGGCC